UUCCGUGUGUCACAACAAUCUGUGUCCCCAAAAUGGCGAAUGUAGCUGCGGCCGCCGCAGCAGCGGCUGCUGCCGCGAACAGAGAUCCAGCCGUUGACCGUUCACUGCGGUCGGUGUUUGUGGGGAACAUUCCGUAUGAAGCCACAGAGGAACAGCUGAAAGACAUCUUCUCUGAAGUAGGACUUGUGGUCAGCUUCAGGUUAGUUUAUGACAGAGAGACUGGGAAGCCCAAGGGCUAUGGGUUCUGUGAGUACCAGGACCAAGAGACGGCCCUUAGUGCCAUGAGGAACCUGAACGGGAGGGAGUUCAGCGGCCGGGCCCUCCGUGUUGACAACGCAGCCAGUGAGAAAAACAAGGAGGAGCUCAAGAGUUUGGGGACAGGAGCCCCAAUCAUUGAGUCUCCUUAUGGGGACAGCGUCCAGCCAGAGGAGGCCCCGGAGUCCAUCAGCAGAGCCGUGGCCAGUCUGCCACCAGAACAGAUGUUUGAACUCAUGAAACAGAUGAAGCUGUGUGUCCAGAACAGUCCACAGGAGGCAAGGAACAUGCUGCUGCAGAACCCUCAGCUGGCCUAUGCUUUGUUACAGGCCCAAGUCGUCAUGCGGAUCGUUGACCCUGAGAUAGCCUUGAAAAUGCUCCAUCGUCAAACUACAGUCCAGCCUCUGAUUCCCAGUGGACAGACUGGAGGAGCACCAGCAGUUAAUCCACCUCCUGCUCAGCCCAGCGUGCCAGUCUCUCAGCCACAGCCCGUGCCUGGAAUGCACGUCAACGGAGCACCACAACUGAUGCAGCCCCCCAACAUGGGUGUGGUACCUGGACCAAUGGCUGGACCUGGACCAGGACCAGGGCCAGUGCCAGUACCAGGACCAGGACCAGUUGGACCUCCAGGGAACCUUCAGCAUUCUCCUACAGGAUCGUCUGGCCAAGCUGCUAUCGAGCGGCCUCAAGGACCAGGUGGCAUCCCCCCCAGAGGCCUGCUGGGAGACGGACCCAAUGACCCCAGAGGAGGAACGCUGUUGUCGGUCACCGGAGAGGUCAUCGAACCCAACCGUGGAUACAUGGGAGCUCCACCUCCUCACCAAGCUCCUCCUGUGCACAUGGGUCAAAUGGCAGCUGGACCUCCUCCAGAUAUGAGAGGACCGCCAAUGGACAUGAGAGGCCCACCCAUGGGUGAACCGCGAAACAUGAUGGGAGACCCCAGGGGGCCCCCAAUGAUGGAGCCUCGGGGACCCCCGAUGGAAACCAGAGGUCGUGACCCUAGGGCGAUGGAUGCUCGUGGGCCAGUGACCAAUCAGAGAGUUGCCAUGGCAGGAGGCAUGGCAGGUCCUGUUCCACACAACAUGGGUCCAAACGCUCCUCCACCUGCAAGACCAGGUCCUGGUAUUUCUGGUGUUCCUCAGUCAGGAGGAGGUUUCAGUCCUGGACAAAGCCAAGUCUCCACACAGGACCAGGAGAAGGCCGCCCUGAUAAUGCAGGUGCUGCAGCUGACCCCAGAACAGAUCGCCAUGUUGCCACCUGAGCAGCGACAGAGCAUCCUCAUCCUCAAAGAGCAGAUUCAGAAGACUGCAGGGGGGGCACCGUAACAGGAAAAACAACAAAAAAAAAAAACAAAGGUCCUGCCACCCUCCACUUAAACACCAUCUGAAGACGUCGCAUUGUAGUUUAGCAUAUUGUAUAGUUUUUUUUAAUCACGUUGUCUUUUCUGUAUGAAGGAAUGAAGCUACUGAUGGAUUAAAAGGUGCAACAUUUGAGAGACUGACAGAUGAUUCACAGUUACAUCCAUUUCCUCCAAAGUGCUCUGUUUUCAUGUUCGGGCAAACUGUUUGUUCAGGUAACGUUUUGUCAAUAAAACAAACCAAAAAAAAAAAGACACUGA